GGAAGCAGGGCAGCUCACGUGGGGGCCGCGGAGGGGGCGGUCGGGUUUUUGCUACCCGGUUCUAGGCAGUCUUCGAGGGGGGGUCCGCGCUGUUCUUUCCUCCGUCUGAGGGGGCGGGGGUAGCGGUCGGGUCCCCUUCGCCCGUGUUGGGGGCCUGGGGACGGGCCACGGCGGAGUGACCGCUCCCGAGGACGCAGCAGGGGUCACUGACCAUGGCACUGAUAUCGACCUGCCGUUGCUCCGGUCGCCUCCUCACGCGUCGUUUCUCCGGAGCGGCGCGGCGUGGGGUGCGGCCUGGCGGGGAGGAGCUAAGCCGCCUGCGACUGGAUGACCUGCCGACGACCCCGCGGUCUGAGGGGAGACUGGAGCUUCUGUUCGGCCUGUCCCCGUGUCUCCUGGCUCUGCAGGCCGCCCGCCGCCGCGUGGCCCGGCUCCUGCUCCAGGCCGGCAGGUCCGGGCUGCAGGGGGAGCGGGCCGAGCUGCUCCGGGUGGCCGAGGCACGGGACAUCCCAGUGCUGCGGCCCAGACGGAAGCAGCUGGACGCCCUGUGCCGCUACCAGGUCCACCAGGGCGUCUGCAUGGAGGCAAGCCCGCUGCAGCCCCUGCCCUGGACUGAGAGCCGUGAGGCGAGGCCAGGCGACGACCCCCAGCAGUUGUGGCUCGUCCUCCAGGGGCUCCAGGAUCCCCGGAAUCUUGGGGCCGUGCUGCGCUCCGCUCACUUCCUCGGAGUGGAUAAAGUCAUCACCAGCCGGAGAAACAGCUGCCCGCUCACUCCAGUGGUCAGCAAGGCCAGCGCCGGUGCUAUGGAGGUGAUGGACGUAUUCUCCACUGAUGACCUGGCCGGUUUUAUACAGGCCAAAGCUCGGCAGGGCUGGCUCGUGGUGGGCACGGUGGGCUGCCCGGGCCCUGAGACUUCCCCGUCCUCUGAGAUCCCCGUUACUAGCUGCUUGGAGUUCCCCUGGGACCGGCCUACUCUCCUAGUGCUGGGGAACGAGGGCUCUGGUCUGUCCCGAGAGGUGCAGGCCUCCUGCCAGCUUCUCCUUACCAUCCUGCCCGGCCGGCAGCUGCCUCCUGGAUUCGAGUCUUUGAAUGUCUCUGUGGCUGCAGGAAUUCUUCUUCACUCCAUCUGCAGUCAGAGGAAGGGUUUUCCUGCAGAGAGGAAGAGAGGGCAACUUCUCCAAGACCCUCAAGAACCUUCAGCCAUGUCUAAAGGGCCGAGAGUGGCUCAGCAUCCAGGACUGUCCUCAGGAUCAGAAAAAGAGAGGCAAGAUGGAGGCUGACUUGGACUGUCCGAGGUGUGUGUGUGCUGGAGGGCACACACAUCCACAUGCUCGAAUGUA